UUUAUUUUCGGUUAAAGCAUUGUAAUUCAAAUAGAAUUGAGGGAGAAUUAGGUAAAAGUAGAGAGAGAACGGACUUUCAGUUUCCUAACAGACAGAGGCACACGCAAUACAGCUAACUACCGAAAAUGGACGACGAGGCGCAGAAAAUGGUGGCUCUGAAGAAGGCGUACGCGGAGAUAAUUCUGAACACGGCGAAAGAGGCGGCGGCGAGAGUAAUGGCGUCGGAGCGCAAGGCUCUUCGGUACCAGCACGAUCUGCAAUUUACGAAAGGUGAAGCGCUUCGCGUGCUUUGCCGCUUAAAGCAAAUGCUCGAUUCCAAGACUAGUGACGCAGAGAUAACAUCUUUGAGCCAACAACGAAAGAUUGAAGAGCUUGAAGCGCAGCUCCAAGAGGCGGAGGAUAUCAUAACUGAUCUGAGAUCAGAAUUGAAACAAGUAUGGAGUGGAUUGGAGAGGCUAAAUAACAACCAAGUGAAGCCUUUGGACGAACAAAUCACGAGGGAAGAUACAUCAUUUUCUGACAAUCCGACAACUCAGCCCAUCAUACUAUCCCCUUCAGGUUCAGGACAUGAAACUGUUCCAACUUCAGGCCCAAUGAACAUCGACGUACAUAGAGGUAUUGAGCAUAAGUUCUUUAAUGAAAUGAAACGAAGUGAACAGUUAAGUGUUCCUGAAUUGGAUAAAUUUUAUGCCCCUGACUCUGACCUUGCCUCAAUAAUCAUGAGACGUAAGGAGCCAGAGCUGCUCAGAAAUGGGUGUACACAGAGAAUCCGUGCAUUUGAAAGAAGCUUAAUUGAUGAGAAAGUGCUGCCUUCUGAAUACGUAGACAAUCACAAUUCCCCGGGGAAGAAUGAGUUGGUCAUCAAAGAAAUUGACAACGAAGAAAGGUGUAAUUCACCCUCUUUUAGCGACAACAGCAUGGAAGUAGUUAACCGUUUAUCUGUGGGAAAAACCAAAAGUCAUGCUAAAGUACGCACAUUACGCAGAAGAAAGACUCGAUUUGGGAAAUCCAAAACUUCACGCCGAUGUCAUCCUAGUGAGCUCGUGAAAUCUCACCAAUCAAAUUUUGUUCAAUCUCAUUGCAGAAUAUAUUCUGUGAAUGGAAAUGAUGGAUCCCCUAAAGAAGCUUGCAUCCUGCCCUCUAUCAAGACCGAGAAUGUAGCCAUGACAAGAACUUCCAGUGGGUUGGAAGAAAGUUUGCAGCAUAGUAGCUGCUAUUUCAUGGACAUAGUUAAGAAUAUUCCGAAGGGAAAAAGAAAAAGGAAAAUGAAAAGUAAGGAUGGCAUUACAACCUCACUCACGAGCACUGAUCAGCCGUCUUCUGUUCUUUCCCGCUGCAGGACUUUUGCGUAUUUACAUCAUGGUGGUGUGAAAUCUUGGGAAGAUCAAUCAAACACAACUGAAAAUGAGGCUAAGAUGAAGCCAUUGCCUCGUCUGGAUCCUGGGUUGACAUUAAUUGGAAGUCAUGUGGGUCCUAUUCCUAUAUCAGGGUCAGCUAGUGUCAAUGUGAGCAUGAAGGGGAUCAACAGAUCUGGAGCUGUCCAAGAUGCAGCAGACAAGGACAUGGAGUUGAUAGAUGUGCCUGUGUUGAUGACGGACAGUGAUGCUAUGGAGAAUUCAGAGGCUCCGAGUUCUGAACUCAACCUUGGUUCUGCUGAUGUAUCACUAAUGAACUCCGAGUUAAAAACUGUCAAAGUAUCAUUGAUGAAUUCUGAAUUAAUACAUGUGAAUGCAUCAUUGAUGAAAUCUGAAUUAAAAGAUGCAAGUGCAUCAUUGAUGAGUUCUGAAUUAAAAGACGCGAGAGCAUCAGAACAAUCAAAUGGAUCUCCUAGUCUUGUGGACAACAGCAGACUUCUCAAGUACACUUUCCAGAGGAAGCGCAAGAAUUCCUCAAGAAACCCUGGUGAAACUGCUGCUUUUGAAGAGAACACUGCUAAGAGGAGGACGGAAGAGAAAGAAUGUGUUGCACAACAGCCACAAACGACAGAUGAAUUAUCUAGGGACAGCCGGCGACUAGUUCAGGUUGCUCGACAGCUCAUAUCGUUGUCUGGGAAGAGAUGGGAUUAACAACCCCCGAUCAGAGGUAGUUUUCAAAAGAGAGGGGGCAAGAGAGAGAUUUAUAAAUCUGCAGUAAUAUCCGUUCAUUUCUGUUAGUUUUCUACUUUGCAUUUGAAUGCUAGUUUACAAAUCCAAUACCGGUGCCAAAGCUAACAGGUGACACAUUCAAUUCCUGUCAAAACUUACCCUAAGAUGUCUUAUUUAGUCCUGCGAAGCAUAUUUUGGUCAUGCCGGGCUAUAUUGCAAGUUGAUGCUUAGAA